AUGGCUUCAACUUCAAGCAAUAUAACAAUUAUAGAAUUAUUAUCUUACGAAAAUCCUGUGUUACGCGCAUAUAUAUUUUAUACUUGUUUGUUGGUGCUUAAAAUUUUGGCAAUGUUAUUUUUAAUAGUUCCAAAACGUUUCCAAAAAAAAAUUUUUAUUAGUCCUGAAGAUACAGUUUUGCGAAAAGGGAGUGUAGCAGAUACAACGGAUCCCGAUAUAGAACGAUGUCGACGAGCUCAUUUAAAUGAUUUAGAAAGUAUUCCAGCAUUUUUAUUCGUAGCAUUUUUUUAUGUUUUAACAAAUCCAAUGGAAUUUCUUGCGAUAAACUUAUUUCGUUUGUUCACAUUGGCACGAUUCAUUCAUACAUUUGUUUACGCUGUAAUUGUUAUUCCACAGCCGACAAGGGCUAUAGUUUGGGGGAUUGGAUAUAUAAUUACGAUUUAUAUAGCAGUUGCAACAGCUAUUCAUUUUAUAUAA